UAUAGCCGGCAGGCGGACCACCCGUCCGCCCUUGGUACGGAACACGUACCGGAACAACACGAAAAAUACCAGUCACUAUCCAAUCCCUCUUCUCCUUGGCCAUCUCCACGCCUCCAUGAACCUCCCAAGUUAUUCAACGAGGAGGCUCCCCCACGCUACAACCCCAAAUAUGACCGCAUCGUCCCCCUGCCCACGUUCAACGACGGAUCUCCGAAUGUGGGUGAAUACGGCUGAAAGAGGAAACCAGCAGUUCAGGAUUGGCGACGGCCGCCGGUUCGGUACAACCUCCGAACCUGCUGAACGACAUGUGUACGCUGCAUUUGGAUCAAACCUACUCUAUCAGAAUCCUCAAGGUCAACCUCAACCUGCUAUGCACAAACCUGGAUCGAAAGUGCCCCAUGAUCGAUCACAGCGACAGACGGUGACGGCGAGUCCACCGCGAACGGCAGCAGUGGAACAUUGCCCUGCACGAAGCUCACCCUGGAGAAGCAUUUGCAGCGGCCUUGCGUUCCCCUUCUCCGAACGACGACCCUGCUGCAGCACUACCAUUCCGAGAUCGCCAGGUCGCACUGAGAGUCCAACCGGCUCGUGUACUACCUGA